CCGCCCCCCCCCCCCCCCCUCGCUUCCACACACCCAUCUGAGUGUUCAGCCUAUGCUCUGCAGCUCACCCUUCUUAUACGACACUCUUUCAAAGAAGUCUUUCCUCCAUCUUUGUUCCUCCCAAAAAAAUCCAGUGGCUGUCGCUGACUUGGUGACCCUGUACAGGAUGUCCUCUACCCCUGAACUGUCCCGCCCCCUCCUCUUGACAGCCCCACCCUCAUUCCACUCUGCCAUCCCUGUAUUCUCAUCUGUGGAGCCCAAUGGUACCACUUGUCAGGAGUGGGAGCAGGCCCACCAUGUUCUCUUCCACUUGGGGAACAUGUCUCUGAUGCUGGGCCUGCUCAUCCCCACCAUGCUUGGUCUGCACAUGAUUCUACUUCGCCUUCUUCUCGUGACAGGAUGUGGCUUCUUCAUUGCUUGGGCAACAUUGUACAGGUGUAACAUGGAUGUGAUGGUUUGGAACGUGGUUUUCCUGGUGGUCAACUUCAUGCACUUGUUGUUUCUCUUGUACAAACGUAGGCCGAUUAAGAUUGACAGGGAUCUGAGGUCGGUGUAUAAGAGGAUGUUUGAGCCCCUGCGUGUGAAUGAGGCGCUGUUUCAGAGACUCACGGGCCAGUUCUGCACCAUACAGACGAUAAAGAAAGGGCAGGCCUAUGCUGCAGAAGACAAGACCUCUGUGGACGAACGACUCAGCAUUCUUCUCAAAGGAAAGAUGAAAGUGUCCUACCGAGGACAUUUUCUUCACAACAUCUACACCAAUGCCUUCAUUGAUUCUCCAGAGUUUCGAUCCACUUUAAUGCACAGAGGAGAGAAGUUCCAGAUAACCAUUAUGGCAGAGGAGAACUGUAAAUUCCUGUGCUGGUCUCGAGAGAGACUCACCUACUUCCUGGAGUCAGAUACCUUCCUUAAUGAGGUGUUCAGGUACCUCAUUGGUAAAGACAUUACCAACAAGCUCUACUCUCUCAAUGACCCCACCCUCAGUGACAAGGCAGUGAAGAAGAUGGACCGCCAGCCCAGUCUCUGCUCGCAGCUAUCUAUGAUGCAAAUGCGGAACAGCAUGGCCAGCACCAGUGACAGUGAUGAUGUCCUUAAUCAGAUCGUCAGAGGAGGUUCUCCUGGCUCCUCUCUCCAAAAAUCACCAGGUGUCAAGGCCUCCACAAAAAUGAAGCCAAUUGAGGAAGGUAUGGAGGAUGAUGUUUUUGUUGAUUCUCCUCCCUCCAAGUCCUGCCGUCUGUCGAGCACAUCCACUGAGGAAGUCUAACCUGGAGGAAACAAACAUACACAUACCUCUAAGAAACCAAAAAACAUCCAAGCAUCCAAGAACAUCCAAGAAAUAUAAAAGAUGAACAAUAUAGUUUAGACCAGUCAUAUUUUUUGCAGCAUUAUGCUGAAAUGUAUUUGUUUUAAAUAUCCAAUGUCAUUAUUCUUUGUAUUGUGAAAAUUUGACUUUUUAAUUGUUAGUAAUAUUUGGGUCUCUGGAGUGCUUGCCCACCCAUCAAGUGUUAAAUUAAACAACCAGUCAAGUUUA